AUGAGGAACAAAGUUCCUUCAAACUGUCAGAGAAAUUUCAACCUGUUGGCAUUUGACCCUGAUGGAGACGAAGUUAAAUGUAGAUAUGGAAACACAACAGAAGAAUGUAACCCCUGCACACCACCAUCUGUUCUCAGCCUCUCAUCAACUUGUACUCUGUCAUUCAGCCCCACUAAUAGCAGUAAUGAAGGUCCAUACGCUGUACAGCUGAUGAUGGAGGACUUCCCCAGACAGCAAAUCACCCUAUUUCAAACCGGCGGGUCACAAGUGGUGAAAACUAUCAACGACCCUAUCAGCAAAAUACCUAUCCAGUUUGUCUUAAGGGUGGACCCUGUGGUACCAUCCUGCACUGAAGGACUCUAUCUGCCCAGGUUUCUUCCUCCAACCCCUGCCAACAGAGCUCAGCUGUACGCCCCUGUCAAUCAGACCCUGGAGAUCAGCAUCAACGCAGAGGCAAAUAAUUCCACAAUUUCUGAGCUGCUGUUUAGCGGGCCACACAAUGCAAACAAGACUUCAUCAGGAGCAGGACAGUUCAUCCUGAGAUGGACACCGUCUGAGAACGAAGACAGAGAAAGCCACCCAAUCUGUUUUGUUGUUCAGGCAAUUUCCAAGUAAGUCACUUGUCCCAU